UUGUGUGUGUGUGUGUGUGUGUGUGUGUGUGUGUGUGUGUGUGUGUGUGUGUGUGUGUGUGUGUGUGUGUGUGUGUGGGUGUGGGUGUGUGUGUGUGUGUGUGUGUGGGUGGGUGUGUGUGUGUGUGUGUGGGUGGGUGUGCGUGGGUGGGUGUGUGUGGAGAUGGAGGAGAGGGCUCGCAGCUGUUUGCUGCGCUCCAAAGACACUCUGGAGCAAGAUAUAAAGGCCUCCUACCUCAUGGACCACAUGAUCAGUGACGGGGUCUUGACAACAGAUGAAGAGGACAGGGUACUCAGCAAGCCCACCAGAAGAGAGCAGGCAGCAGCAUUGCUGGAGGUCCUCCUGCGGAAAGACAACAGAGCCUACAUCUCCUUCUACAAUGCCCUGGUUAGAGAGAGCUAUGGAGACCUGGCCAACCUGCUGCAUAAUGACCUGCCACAACUCAGCCCUGAGGGUGAAAAGAGCUUUUCCAAUGGGGUCUCUUCCUUAGUUCAGCUUAUUCUGAGUGAAGGCGGAGUUCCCCAAAGGCCUAUGGUUUUUGUGAACCGGCCUGCUCUGCUUAACCAGGUCCGGGAGAAGCUGUACCAACUGCAGAAAGUGGUGGGCUGGGUCACAGUGUUUGGAAUGGCUGGCUCAGGGAAGUCUGUGCUGGCUGCAGAGGCAGUGAGAGACCAUUCAUUAAUCAAAGAGUGUUUUCCUGACGGUGUUCACUGGCUGUCUGUUGGACAGUGUGAGAGAGCAGAGCUGCUGGUGAGGAUGCAGUCUCUGUGUUUUAGGUUGGAACAGAAUCAAACUGUGGAUUCACCUCCAAGACCCCCUAAUUCUAUUGAGGAAGCCAAAGAGCGACUGCGCUUCCUUAUGCUCCGCAAGUUUCCCAGAGCUCUGCUGAUUCUGGAUGACGUGUGGGACAGCUCCUCUCUCAGGGCUUUUGAUAUCCAGUGUCGGGUCCUUCUGACCACUAGGAACCGGAGUCUGACAGACUCUGUUAGUGGUCAGAAGGAGAGUGUGCCUGUUGAGAGUGGUCUGGAUGAAGAGAAGGCCUUGGAGAUUCUUGCUCUGUAUGUAAACGCACAGCUCCACAGUCUCCCAGAGCAGGCCCACUGCAUUGUAAAAGAAUGCAAAGGCUCUCCUCUGGUGGUAUCUCUGAUUGGGGCACUGCUGAGAGAGUUUCCUGACCGCUGGGGCUAUUACCUGCGGCAGCUGCAGAGAAAGCAGUUCCAGCGCAUUCGCAAGUCUUCCUCUUACGACUACGAGGCUCUCGAUCAGGCCAUGGACGCCAGUCUGCAGGUCCUGAACGAAGAGCAUCGUGAGCUCUACAAAGACCUGAGUGUGCUGGAGAAAGACGUUAAAGUGCCUGCCAAGGUGUUGUCUGUGCUGUGGGACUUGGAGCUGGAGGAGGUGGAGGAUGUCCUGCAGGAGUUUGUCAAUAAGUCUCUGCUGUUUCGGGACUGUAAUCAGCGGCCGUACAUGUACUUUCUCCACGACCUACAGCUCGACUUCCUCACAGAGCAAAAUCGCAGUCAGCUAGCGGAGCUGCAUGGUAAAGUGGUCCGUCAGUAUCAGCAGGCAUACGCAAAGGGACCACCCACUUCAGCAGAUGUGGAGGGCUUGUACUGGUACAGGUUUCUUCCUGUACACAUGGCCCGUGCUGGUCUAUCCAAGGAGCUGUACUCUUUAAUGUUUUCACUGGACUGGGUAAAAAACAAGGCUCAGAUUAUGGGAUCUGCCCACUUAAUCAAUGAUUAUGUGGAGCAUGGUGCAAUUCUUGACCAAGAGAACAGUGAGGUGAGGCUGCAGUUUCAGGAGUUUCUGUCACUGAAUGGUCAUCAGCUGGAACAGAGGCCAUUCCCUGAUCUGGUUCAGCUGGCACUGUCUCAGCCCCACUGCUCAGAGGUGUACAGACAGGCACUGCUGCAGGCGAAGGAGAGGGCCAGCAGAGGGCAGCUCUACCUGGACUGGGUGAAUAAGAGUGAUGUGGAGAGUCUGUCACGGCUGGUGCUGCACCCUCACCAGAACUCGCUCUACUACUCCUGCUUCUCCAGAGACGGGAGUAAGAUCGCCUCCUGUGGGGCCAGCAAAACACUGCGGGUGUUUAAGAGUAACUCUGGAGAGAAGCUCCAGGAGAUUCCGGCUCAUGAUGACGAGGUUCUGUGUUGUGCCUUCUCCCCGGAUGAUCGUCACAUUGCAACCUGCUCCAGUGACAGGAAGGUUAAGGUGUGGAAUGUAGAGAAAGGCACGUUAUUGCGAGUGCUUGAAGAUGAACAUGAGGAGCAGAUCAACCAUUGCCAGUUCACCAAUACAAACCGGCGUGUCUUGCUGGCUACCUGCUCUAAUGAUACAUUCAUGAAUGCUAAGCUGUGGAAUCUGAACAAGCGAGGCUCUCAAAACACCAUGUUCGGACACCUGCAACCCGUCAACCACUGCUGUUUCUCUCCUGAUGAUACCUACAUUGCAACAUCAUCCAAUGAUGGGUCUAUGAAGCUUUUUGAAGUGCUGUCUGCAAACGAGUACAAGUCGUUCGACAUCAGCAGCCUUUUUUCUGAGAACGAUAAUAAUGACGAUGAUAAAACGGGUGUCAUUGUAAAGUGCAGCACGUGGUCAUCAGAUGGCUCUCGGAUCUUUUGUGCUGCGAAAAAUACUGUUUUUAUGUUUAAUGUAGCAUCUGAGGACAUGUUGCUGGAGAUCCGAACCAGUCGUAUGAGUACAGUGCAAUACUGCCAUGCCUGUCCGAACAGCCAGCUGAUAGCUCUAGCACUCUCUCACUACACAGUUGAGCUGUGGGACUUUGAGGCUAAUAAGAAGAUGGCUGAAUGCAGCGGUCACCUGAGCUGGAUUCCAUGUGUGCAGUUCUCUCCCAAUGGCUCCCUCCUCCUCUCCUGUUCCGAUGACCAGACCAUCAGACUGUGGGAGACGGAGCGUGUGCACACAUCUUCAGCUGUCGCUUUAAAGAGGGACUUUGACGUUGACUUCAGUCAGGAUGGUAUCACGGUGGUGGCAGCUGACAGCAAGAACAGGUUACAGGUGCGCUCUGGACUAGCAGGGACUCCGGUUUUUGAGUCUGAGAAGCAGAAGUCGAGGAUUCGCUGCACGUGUAUUUGCAGACAGGCUUCGGCUGUGGCGCUGGGGAUGGAGGACGGCGCGGUGCAGGCAGGAAGGAUAGUCCUAAGUGCUAGGCAGGUCCUGAAGAAGAUUGGUUGGAAAGCUCUGCAGCUGCUGAAGCUACAGCAGACGUCACUGAUGGCACUAGGGUUAGAGCUAGGCACAGUUCAGGUGCUGGAAGUUCCUUCUGGUAAUACUUUAGCUACACUUCUUGGUCACACUAAAACUGUCCAUCACUGUCUCUUCACUGCUGAUGGACAAACACUGAUCACAUCCUCGGAGGAUACUACAAUCCGGGUGUGGAGGUGGAGGACAGAAGAGUGUUUGAUUCUUGCCGGUCAUAAAGAGCCCGUCAGGAAGUUUCAUCUUCUUGGUUCAUCUUCUUCCUCACCUGCACUCUUGUCCUGGUCGUUUGAUGGCACAGCCAAGGUGUGGGACCUGAGCUGUGGAAAGAAGCUGCAGGAUCUUGAGUGUCAUAAAGGUGCUGUCCUCUCAGGUGACGUUUCUACUGAUGGAAGCCUCUUCUCCACGGCUUCAGCAGACAAAACAGCUAAGGUGUGGAGCUGUGCCUCAUGGGAGAUGGUGUUCUCCUUGAAAGGUCACAAAGCCUGUGUCCGCAGCUGCCGCUUCUCCUGGGAUGGCAAGCGGCUUGCUACUGGUGACGACAACGGAGAGAUCAGGCUGUGGAGCAUGCAGAACGGACACCUGCUUAAGAUCUGUUCCUGUGAGCGAAAGGACUCUAUGGACUCUUUCCAUGGUGGCUGGGUGACUGACCUGCACUUCUCCCCUGAUAACAAAGUGCUUGUGUCUACUGGAGGAUAUAUCAAGUGGUGGAGUGUGGACAGAGGAGAAGCACUGCAGACCUUCUACACCACAGGAGCCAAUCUGAAGCGCAUCCACGUCUCGCCCGACUUCAGAACGUUCGUCACCAUCGACAACAUCGGAAUCCUGUACGUUCUGAAGCAGGUGGAGGGAGGACAGAUCUAGAGCCGACUGAACUUCACCAUUCCUAAUUCCUAUAAUUGUUUUCUACACUAAUUGUUAAUGCAAAGCCUUUCUAUCAGCGGUCUCUACUUUCUGGGGAACAGGAUGGUUCCUCUUCGUUAAGGCUCUGUGUUGUGUCUCUGUGUUGGUGCUAAUUAAUGGAAAGUUUUCUACGUUUCCUUUACUUUCAGAUACUACCUUAAUGUUGAUUUACCUGCCUUAACCACAUUCUGCUGCCUUGACUGCCUUGAGGAAGUGAAUCAUUGCUUUUCUAGGACAAUCGCUUUCUUUGCUGUUCAGAUUUGAAAUGUGCACGCUAUGACCCACAUUAACAAAAGCCUCCUUGGCAUAUUUUUAUCUUUCUUUUUUUUUUUUU